CGAAUAGCAAUUGAAAUUGAAUCUCAAUCUCAAUCCCAAGAAAUAAUACGUGUAUUCGGUAAUACCAAAUAUAGACAAAUUCAGUACGAUAUUCGAUAUAUACCAAAUACCAGUACCAAACUUCCAGCCCAACACACAACAUAAGGGAAGUCAUAGAUACCACAUGAAUCAAAUGUCCUAAAACCACGAGUUCACACAAUCAACCGGCACAAUAAAGAGAAAGAUAGGAAGGAUUCAACAUCAUCCAUAGUGCUACAACUACUUCCCUAGGUUGCAUGGUACCAUUAAGACUGUCAAUUCAAAGUAUACUAAGUAGGCGAUUGCAAGGAACACGUAAUUGAAUCCCUCAAAUCGAAAUUUGGUAUUUGGACAAUGGACUAGGCUCCAAGCACACACAUAGUAAGCCCGAUAAACACAAAACAUUAGCCAUUCUUUCUGUCCCACCGGAUCCAAACGGAGGUUUAGAUUCGACCGGUGAGACAGCCCCAGAGGAGAUCGACACCAAAUCUGAAGGUCGUGGUCAGAGCAGAGAUUAUUAAAUUGAUGGACGCGGAAAUCAUUUUUGCCAUUUCCGGCACCGAGUGGGUCAGUCCCACUCAAGUGGUGCCUAAGAAGGGCGGCAUGACUGUGGUCCCAAAUGAGAAGAAUGAGCUCAUCUCGAUGAGAAUGGUGACUGGGUAUCGUGUCUGCAUCGACUAUCACCGCCUCAAAGACGCCACAAGAGAGGAUCACUUCCCUCUGUCAUUCAUUGACCAGAUGCUUGAGAGGUUGGCGGGGCACGAGUUUUAUUGUUUCCUGGAUGGGAUGUCUGGGUAUUUUCUGAUUCCCACAACACCAGAAGACGAGGCGAAGAACCUUCACCUAUCCUUUCGGCACAUUUUCCUACCGGUAGAUUCUUUCGGGCUUUGCAACACCCUCGUCACGUUCCAGUGAUGUAUGCUCGCCAUCUUCGACUGUGCGAUGUAUAAAUAGGAUUCUAUGGUGGAUGAGGUGGCCGUAUCUCUGGCAUAGGAAUGCCUUUCUAGAUAAAACCCGAGAUAAAACCUCGGUGUGGAUGGUGGGUAGUACCAAUUGAAAUGAGCUAUGUUCUUAAUGCCCCAAAUAUGAUAGCCUAGAUCGAGGUGACUGACAUGGGUUUAGGGGAGCCGUACUCGAAGGCGUGUAGGUAACCAUAAAAGCCCACAGAAAAGAGCUCACUCACCACAUUUGCCAAACCCUAUUUAUAUUGAAUUGCAUAGUAGACCUAGGCUAGGGUGAGGGAUAGUUCCCCAAAAUACCUGCUUUUAUUCUUAUUUGUUCUCUCUACUAGCUAUUUUGCUUGAAUCCUCCAUCACAAACCCUUAAACCGAUCGGCUAGAUUAUAACAACGUGGGAAGUAGGCUAGUGUAUGAGACCCGAGUGAAGACGACCUUGAUUGCCACUAUAUGAAUACGCCAUUCUAGGUUAAACUUGGCCUAGGAUGAGGUACUUAUUGAGACGUGCUAACUAUUGACAAUGACUUACACAGAUUGAAUCGAUCAUGCACCUCGAAGAAGUUCGAGGUCGGCUAAGAAAUUAUUUGAAUCGACAAACAAAUCACGAAAUAGAGGAAAUCAAGCAUCAACACAUAUGAAAUAAAAGAAUCGUAUUUAGGCCAAACAUUAAGUUUUACAUGACUAGUUACUCUUGGGUUCACAUACCUAUGCAACUAAAGAACUAGCCAACCAACGAAUAGGAUUUCUUGGCAAUCAUUAAUUGAAAUGAAGUCUUCAGAACACCGCUAGAAUCAGCGCCACCAACAGAGAAAACACGGCUAGGGCCAUCAUUUCUAGCACCGAUUCCUCCCUCGAGGUUAGUUUCAUUCUAAUUCAGGUGAGUUGCUCUAUCGACAGAGUAACGACCCUCCAUUGACCUCUUGGCUCCUUCUCACGCAUUCUACCUCUAGAGCUCCAUUUAUAGGUCUUCGAUUGCGGUUUUGGGGAGGAAAACUCGCAGCUACUGCUCCAUAUAGUCAAUCAAAUGCCUCCACAAACAUGGCCCAUAGAAUCAAGAAGCCCCAAGGUAAGUUUUUAAUGAAGUAGAUGAGCUCCGUAAAUCGGCGACAAUGGCGCCAUUUUCCUUCCUAGGGUGCUGUUUGGGCGGCGGUCUUUAAGUAGAUCCUCUCUUCAAUUUUCUACUCCACGAACUAGAUCUCGAUGUCCCUUACUACUGCCAAGUAGUCCACUAGCCUGCUUUGACCUAAAAUUGCACAAAAGCUACCAAAAGCGCAUCAAACCCACAAAAGUAAUAAUAGGGUUGCUAAAACACACUUGAAGCAUUCAUAGCACAAAUCCAAGGUAUUAUGACGAUAAUGAUAUGAAAUUAAUGCACUUUAGGACAUAAUACAGCGCCCUAUAAUAGCUCAUUUUAUGUGUCAUCAAAUAACCUCACGCUUGAACUUUUUUUGUCCCCAAACAAGCCUAAACUCAACAUGCUCUCUAUCACCAAACCUCUAUGAUGACGCAUAGUUUACGAUCUUAAGUAGUGGAUCAUAAGAAGCUUACAAGGUCAAUCCUUGAACUUAGAAACUUUUGAUCCUCACAAUGAUGCUAGAAAUAUACUUCAUAAGGAUGAAAUGAUUCGAUUCUCACGAGAUGGAAUUGUCUUUUCUUACUUGAGUCUUCUUAUACGAAGGUUGGGGCGAAAACGUAGGUAGCUUAAUUAGGAUGUAUUUGUAUUCCAGCCCAGGAAAAGUCUUUUUGAACAAACCCAUUUUCAUAUGAAGACGAUCUUGUCAUGGCGCUUUGCUCUUUUUAAGCGUAGAAGGGGGCUUGUGCUUUGUACUUUGGUACUUAGUGUAGACACCACAUUUUGUCCGGGAUAACCACUCUACUUAAAACUCAAAAGAAAAAUCAAAGGUGAAG